AUCCACGUUUACUGUUUUGCGAAGUUCUUCAAAAAUCUGAUAAACGUAGACGACUAUUUAAACGAUCAUAUACUAUCUUUUCAAAUCACAUGAUAAAAAAUAAGUUCGUCAGUAGAAACGUAUUAUUAUAGUAUUUGUACUAAAUCAUAUAUAUAUAUAUAUAUAUUAGGCCAGCGAGAAAAUUACAGGUAAUUCCUUCCACGUCAUUUUGGCUAUAAAUAGAUACAAGGUAUUUCUGUGGGUAUAUAUGUAUAUAUAUAUAAAUGUCAUAUGCCAUUACUGGAUACUGUCUGUGCUUUGGCCAUUGUGAAUACUCAUAAAGGAAGAAAGAUGUAUGUAACAGAAAAACACAGACAAGAAUUGCAGAACCAAGGUUUCACUGUAAUAGAAAAUGUCGUCACUGAAAAACAAUGUGACAAAUGGAUAGAUGAAUAUAAAGUUUGGUUAUCUCAAUUUAAAGAGGAAGAAUGGCCAUUCACCGCUCAUUCACUGCUUCAAAGAUACAAUACUGGCAACUUUGAAACCACGUGGAAAGCUCGAUUGGCAACAAAGAAAGUAUUCAGCGAAUUAUGGCACACAGAAAAACUUCUGUCAAGUGUUGACGCCAUUGCUAUUGGACGACCACCUGAAACAAGCGACGAAGACUUUGCACGCCCGGGCCAACACUGGCUGCAUUGUGACCAGGAUGCACAGAGAAAAGGUCUUCAUGCUUACCAAGGCGGCCUGUACUUGGAGGCUGCCGCUGAAGAUGAUUGGACUUUCCAUGUGUUAAAAGGUUCACAUAAAUUUAUCGGGGAGUUUUAUAACGAAAAUAAAAAGGCGGCUUUCAGAAGUAGUUUGAACAAAUAUUAUCACAUGAAAGAUGAAAAUAUUGAGUGGUUUGAAUCAAAAGGUUGCAAACAGGCGAGAGUAGCAGCUCCUAAAGGGGGAAUGGUAUUAUGGGACUCAAGAUUAAUUCAUGCGAAUGUUAGGCCUGUUGAAGGCCGUAAUAAUCCUGAGCGAUGGCGUUUUGUUGUACUGUCUUGCAUGGGUCCUGCAAUUUGGGCGUCGAAAAAAGACAUUGAAUCGAAAAAAGACGCUUACAAUUCGGUCGCUAUGACAACACAUUGGCCCUGCCAAGGAGUCAAUAUGAUGAAGUCACAAAUCCCAUCGUUUUGUCGGAGUGAUGUUACUAUGCCAACAGAACAGUGUGAAACUGCAAAAUCAAAAACAGUAAAGGAACUAUGUGGUGUCAUUUCAUAUAAUUUUAAGGACGAAAAAAGUAACGGACCUAACUGGACACCGGAAUGGGGAGAAGAAUUAAAUGUUCCGAAUGACAAAAUGGUUAAUUCUAAAUUCCAAUUGAACAGGACGUACGUGGCUGUAUUGGUUUUAUCAUUGGUUGUAGUAUUUAUUGCUUAUCAGUUUUAAUUCAAACUUAUUACUAGUAAGUGCGGAAUUCAUUUGACAAAAGAUAAAAUAAAAACAUUCGCAUUAUUAACCACAUGAAAGCAGAUGAAAAUUAAACAAAUGAUUUAUGUCAAUAAUAGCGCUGCAUAUAUUCGAAAUAUUAUUAUACUAAAUGAAAAACUCACACGUUACAAUAACACGAAUUUGAUUAAAUUUGGUAAAGUAUCUUUGUUAUGCAUUAAUUAUUAUAUAAUUUAUUUAUUAAUAUGUAAUUCGUUUGAUCUUGACAGUUUUUUAUUUCUUAAUUUAUUUGUUAUCAAUGUUAUAUUAUAAUGAUUUAACCAGGUGUUUCGAUGUUUACAUACUAU